AUGUUAUUUCAAGCUUUUCUCCCUAUUCUUGCUUCAAUUCUCCAACCUUGCGGGGUACAGUCGGCUCCGGUAAUUGACCUCGGAUACGCCAAAUAUCGAGGAACGUUGGAUCCCGCUGGAUCUAAUAACACCCAAUUUCUCGGUAUACGCUUCACGGCACCUCCUACUGGCUCGUUGAGGUGGCAGGCACCCCGAACACCGAGCUUCGUCCCAGGUAUACAGAACGCUACUGCAGAACCCGCCAGAUGUCUUCAAGGCGAGACAGGCCAAGGACCCAGUAAUACUUUUCCUGCGGACAAAAGAGACACCCCCGUUGCAGAUUCUGAAGACUGCUUGUUCUUGAACGUAUAUGUUCCCGGGCAGCUCGAUUCUCGCAAAAACCUACCUGUCGUGGUAUGGAUACAUGGAGGAGGUUAUGAUGUCGGCGGCGCGAAUGGAUUCUCCCGUGGACCCGACGCUUUCAACGGAAACGACCUAGUCCGUGAAUCCGGCGGGGGAGUCAUUGCCGUGGUUACACAAUAUCGUUUAGGUAUGUUUGGAUUUCUGGCCGGAGAGUCCGUGAAAGCACAUGGCGCGUUGAAUGCUGGUCUUCUGGAUCAACAAUUUGCCUUUCAGUGGGUCCAGAAACACAUCACCAAGUUCGAUGGGGAUCCAAGCCGAGUCACUAUCUGGGGCGAAUCAGCCGGUGCUGGCUCUGUUCUUCAACAAGUUAUUGCCAACGAUGGCAGGACUUUCCCGCCCUUGUUCAGGGCUGCAAUAACAAGCUCUAGUUUCCUCCCUUUGCAGUAUGCUUACAACGACGUAAUUCCGGAGUUUCUGUACAACACCGUGGUGUCAAGGACGAACUGUACCUCGGCAGCCAAUUCGCUGACAUGCCUAAGAAACGCCAACGUAAAUGUCCUUGAACAGAUCAACAUUGACCUUUGCGUCAGCGGAUUUUUUGGCACCUUCGUAUUUGUGCCAGUUGUUGACGGGGAAUUCAUAAGGCAAAGACCGACAAUAGCUAUGCGCGAAGGAAAAGUUAACGGGGAGGUUCUCAUGUCUGUAACAAAUACAGACGAGGGUGGACCAUUCGUCGAUUCGAGUACGGCAGGCACCGUUCAACCGUUGCAAAGUAUUCUGGUCUUGAUUCUCAUGUCCGUUACAAAUACAAAUGAGGGAGGACUGUUCGUCGACUCGAGUAUUGCCGGCACUGUUCAAGUUUCUCAGUAUCUGACACAGCUAUUUCCGAACCUGAGUUCUCAGCAUCGUGAUGUCGCCGUUACAAAGUAUUCUAGUCUUGGAACACCAAUCGAGCAGGUCACCGCCAUUAUGGGAGAGUCGAUAUUCGUCUGUCCCACGUACUUCUUGCUUCGCGGUUUCCUAGGGAGCUCAUUCAAGGGUCAAUUCGCCAUCCCACCCGCCGGCCACGGAGACGACGUUGCCUAUUACUUUCCCUCUAUGAAUGCGAACGGCGUUCCCCCUUUCAACAAUACGGACUUUGACAAGGCAUUUGCCGAGUAUUUCCUUGCCUUCGUUAUGCCUUUAGAUCCGAAUGAGACAUUUGAGCCGACUAUCACACCUGCCUGGAAGCCAUUUUCGUUCGAGCAGGGUCAUCACGUAGAGAUGCGGUUCAACAAGACUGCAACCGACCAUCCCGCCAUAUUUCCCUUUACCACGCCAGAAGAUCUGCUCGAUCGAUGCUCCUUCUGGGAAAGUGUUAGUCCUGAAAUAAGGCAAUGA